CUGCCAGUAAGUAAGAUGGCGCCGCUGGGGUUCUCUAUCUGCCUGACGCGAGACUCACCCAAGAUGGCGUCGGAAGGACCCGAAUCCAAGAUGGCGUCCGCGCCCUUAGACAAAAUGGCGGCCACUGAGAAGCGGCGUCCGUCUCCGGCUGUGGCGGGAGGCGACUCAAGUCGGCCGGCGGUGGCGGCGGCAGCGAACGGAGUCCCCGGCGGGCACAACGCGGCCUGCUUCCUACUCGAAGCCGGCGUCACGGACAUGGUCCGCGCGGCCUUGCUGAAAGUGCUCGAAGCCAGGCCGGAGGAGCCGGUGCUUUUCCUCGCGGCCUACUUCGAGAAGCUGGCCCAGAGCAGCGCCGAGGCGGACGAAGCCGACGCCGGGGACCUUCCGCGGCAGCUCCAGCUUCGCCUCGACCGCGCCGCCUGGGCCUUGGGCCUCGCUCAUCACUCCCACAGGACGGCCUUUGACAACAACGUGGGCCUGGCGUACGACUGCCUGGGGGCUGCCGGGAAGCGCAAGAGGCCCGGCGUGAAGGGGAAGCUGUACAGCGAGCUGCUCCGGCGCUUGUGCCGCGAGAGGGGCCUCCCGGAAGACGUGGCGCAGCCCUUGCUGAGGAAGCUGCAGUGCCGGGAGCACGAGGCCGUGCCCUUCGAUCUCUUCCGCUACGGGGCCCUCACCUGCCUGGUGCUGCUCGAGUUCGUAGCCAAAGCGGACACCUUGUAUGACGCCCUGGGUGGCCCCGGCGGGGCGGACAAGCGGGUGUGCGCGGCCGUCCUGGGCGCCUUGGAGGAGGCCCUGCGCCCCAGCGCCGUUGCCCUCCCCGUCCGGUACUUGGAGGCCGGCUGCACGCUGGGCCCGGACCGCUUGGCGCUGGCCAUGGACACGGCCUUGGCCGAGAGGAAGCCCGGCGGGGUGGCCAUGAAGAAGGAGGACUUCCUCCGCCGGGCCGCUGCCGUCUUCCUCGCCAAAGUCAAGGCCGUGCAUUGAGCGUUCGGACAUUUCCUUGGAUUUGGGUGGGCUUCGAUUAUGUGCAUAUUGGCUCGAGUGGCUGUGUCUUGUUGAGCAGAAAAAUCAUGACGAGAUUUAAAUCAGGAUGAUGAUUUAUACUGCAAACGUGUUUGUGUUGUUUCUUCUCUGAGCCAAAAUAUUCCACAUACCCCUAUAGACUCCAGGCCAUGGCCAGACUGUGUCUUGUUGAGCGGAAAAACCACAACGAAAUUUAAAUCAGGAUGAUGAUUUAUACUGCAAACGUGUUUGUGUUGUUUCUUCUCUGAGCCAAAAUAUUCCACAUACCCCUAUAGACUCCAGGCCAUGGCCAGACUGUGUCUUGUUGAGCGGAAAAACCACAACGAAAUUUAAAUCAGGAUGAUGAUUUAUACUGCAAA